UUCCCCAAACCCAUUCUCCCCCACCGGCACCGUGCGCCCCAAAACUUGUAUGAGAGCUCUCCCUCUCUCACGCCUUUCUCUCUUUCUCUCUUGUCUCUCUUCUCUCUCACACGAGUUUCUGUACGUCUUUGCAAGAAAGGAAUGGAUUACGAAACAAAGGAUGUGGUCUGAGUUCCAUGAAAUGUGUGCUAAAGUAGGAGUAGAUCCCUUGGCCUCCAGCAAGGGCUUCUGGGCGUCGGUCACUCCUCCAUCAGUUGCUACCCCAAAUUGUGCGUUGAAUAGAUGGACGCCACUUUCGACUACAAGAGGAUAGUGGAACAUGCAGGUUCUUCAAAGGCAACUGUAUCCCAUCCCCUAAGCUCCUCACAACCACCUGCAUACCAAAGAUUUGAUGUUAGCAAGAUCAAGAAGUGAAAAGAUGUAAUAGUUGGGAUAAUUCAAUGCCGUGUUGAUGUAAUUGAUUGGUUUAGCCAGAUGUUAGUGAGAAAUUUUUUGUAAAGCUGACAAUUUUUACAUUUUUUUUUUGUAAUCAUUUUUAUUAUAGAAUUUGUCUUGUUUCAAGCUUAUGGGUUGUUG